CGGAAGAGCAAUGUGGAUUCCGUUCGGGUCGCAGCACUAUAGAUAUGGUGUUUGCGGCUCGUCAGUUGCAGGAGAAGUGCAGAGAACGACACCAGCCAUUGUACUCACUUUUUGUUGAUUUCACCAAAGCAUUUGAUACGGUGAACCGCGAGGCAUUGUGGCUGGUGUUGGGUAAGUUUGGUUGCCCGCGUAAGUUUGUAAGUUUAAUUGAAUGUCUGCACAGUGGUAUGCGAGCGAGGGUGCAGCUGAGUGGAGAGACCUCGGAUGACUUUGCAGUUGUCUCUGGUGUGAAGCAAAGCUGUGUCUUAGCUCCUGCCCUGUUUAAUAUAUAUCUUCAU